AUGGACAUGAAUGUACUGGUGCCAAACUACGAUGAAAGCAGUGAUCUGCGCCAGUCACCCAUGGGCGGCAAGCACCAACGCAGUCUAUCUUUGUCGGCGAAGUGGGCGAGCGAUAAAUCGAUGGCAAUCGAGUAUCUCCGCCGUCAGCGCGAGGUGAUGACAUGGAUCGAGAGUGUGCUCCAGCGCGAGCUGCCGAGCACAGAUCUGUUUGAGGCUCUCAAGUCUGGAGUGGUGCUUCGCGAAAUGAUGGAGACGCUUUUCCCUUCUGCUUCCAGCUGUAUGUCGCCCAUAAGUCGUCAGUACUCAAUGCGAAUGGCUCCUUGGAAGGAGCGAGAGAACACUUCCGUCUUCCUGCGGCAGUGCAAAAUCGGAAUGAACGAUCUGUCGCUGUUUUGCACUGACGAUCUGUAUGAGGGCACGAAUAUGGUGCAGGUGCUGUUCUGCUUGCAACAUUUCAUGAUGUUUUCGGAAGAGCACGCGGGUCAUCUCUUCAAGCCCGUCGCAAGAGUCGAGCCCGCCACGUUUUCCAACCAAGAGAUGGCGAUGUCCAAGAUUGAACAAGCAGGGAUGGACGCCAAGGCCUUGAUCUCAUCAAGGAGCUCUCCCAUGACACCGGAAAAGGCCGCAAUCCAAGGGAAAGAGACCACAGCAAGGCGAGUGCUCAAUUGCCGCCAGAGGUAUGCAAUCAGAAGUCGGAAGACAAGCACGAUAUCGACAAUCCGGCUGACGACGACGAUGUGA